AAGCAUUUCCGCAAACACCUGCCGUGCCCGUGCGAGCCGCCCCCAAAGCCUAAACCCCGAAAACCACAGAGCGGCGCGGAUGCCCUCCCGCCGCCCGUCGUCGGAUGGCCUCGGCGCAAGCAAGCGCGGCGGCACGAGGUAGAGAGAGAGAGCCUGUGCGACUCUUGUUCCAUUCAGAUGUGGCGGUUCCCCCCGGCCGUGGCGCUCCUCCGACGCUCGCUCGCCUCCUCCGCGCUCCUGCCCGCUCCGAGGUGUUUGAUGGCUGCCUUGCUCCUGGAGGAACGGCCCAUUACACACGUGAGUUCAGCCAUGACUGUGCGGUACCUCCAACGGUGUUGUGCGGCUGAUGGUGACGGGGAUGAGGCCAUUGAGGCCUUUAAUCGGGAUUGUUCGACCACCUCAGGCAAUGGUGCUUCAGAUGACCCAGCAUGUACUGCUUAUCUUGAGAAGCUCUGCAGAUCUGGCAACCUCGCAGGUGCUGUUCGGAUUCUGCGGCAUUUGCGUGAUGAGCAGAUCCAUGUUGAUCUGCACACGUAUAAUAUGUUACUGCAGCAAACAGCUGAAGCAAACAACUUUACUCUUUGUGCCAAGGUAUUCAGGUGCUUGCUGCUUUCGAAAAUUGCUCCGGAUUUGACUUCAUACAUGAAUGUUGCAAAGGCCCUCCAGAAGUUGGAUAACUGUGAACUGAUACUCAACUUCGUAAGGGAAAUUUUAGAAAUCACACAUGACAGAGAUUCUACAGUGAUGAACCGCCUUAUUUUUGCCACAGCUAAAUAUGGACACGUGGAUAAAAGUUUGACCAUAUUUGAAGAGUUGAAGAAAGAACAGAGUAGCUUGGAUGUCGUCACGUUCAACACUAUUUUGAAUGGGCUAGGGAAAGCUGGUCGGGUGGAUCAAAUGCUUCAUGAGGUGAAGCUAAUGGAAGAACUUGGCCAUUCUCCUGACAUUGUGACAUACAAUACAAUAAUAAACUGCCUGCGGAGGCUUGGUAGAUUAGAUCUGUGCAAAAGAUUCACUGGAGAAAUGCUUGAGAAGGGCAUCACUCCAGAUUUGAGAACAUACACUGCUCUAGUUGAUAGUUUUGGCCGGGCUGGCCUUAUUACUGAUGCCCUUGAAAUGUUUGAGAAGAUGAAACAGUCACAUCAACCUUCAGUUUAUGUGUAUCGUGCACUAAUCAGCGAUUUGAAAAAGGCUGGGCAGUUUGAACUAGCAGAAAAGUUCUCUGAAGAGAUGAAUUCAAGUGCCUCAGAUUUAUUACGCCCUGAAGAUUUCAAGCAAAAGAAUAAGGGAAGAAGGUUCAGGAAAAACGGCUAAAAAGGCCCUGAGUGAUUUUUGAGGCGUGAAUAUUCCCUUUUCCCACGCCAUAUGAGCAUCCAUAAUUCCAUACUGCUAGACAUUUCGGGAUAACUUGAAAUAUUUCAAAUGAUAAAAGCAUGAUGAUUAGGAAGAUAUACAAGGAUCUCGGGGCGAUAGGAACUGUAGUCCUGAAUGAAAUAUGGCUGGCUGCAGGAUGCUUUUUAUCUCUAGCAAUGCAUGAGAAGUAUUUUCGAGAUUCACCAAGGGCUGAGAAGACCUGGAAAGCUGUAUCUGUGACUCAUUGAUCUCUACGUAACUUGUGCACGCACUCGAGUCGACAGAGAGCUGAUGACCAACCGCGGGACUUCUUCGAGACAUGUGACUAUCAUGCGAAACACAUCUGCUUUGUGGGACUGUUGAAAUUAGUGUUGUAUUGCUCUGCGCUUCUGGAUGUAGAACUGCAGCUUCUGUCAUUCCUGUUCAGGGCCAAGGAAAAUAAGUUGAAUCCUGGGUCAGGAGUUUAUAUUUGUGAGUCGCUAGGCAUGAAACAUAGACAUGGUUCUUUUGUUUUUUCGUUUCUUUUGCCAUGCAGUCAGCAGCCAAAAAGUAUCGAGUCGGGCUGCACUGGCUGAUGCUGAACGGGAUGUAGAACCGGUUCGCCGGAGUGGUGGCGAGAUGCUCGCGACGGCACGAUGUACGAGUGAGUCCGAUAAGCUUAGUGUGGUGACUCACACACGAGGACAGUAAAACCAGGCGCCGAGCCAUCGCUCUCCGGAGAUCGAGCCCCCACAGACCAAAGCUCGGUACUUCUCCCUCGGCGGCGGCGGCGGGCUGGCGCCUGGAGCGGUCGUCAGGCAUGCGCCCAUAUCUCCCUUUAGAUUAGGGAAUAUGGAACUCCUACACUCCAUGCGCCCAUAUCUCGCUUCAGGAGAACCUUCAAUCCAACGUCUACAGCGGCGUAAGCUCGCCGGAGCUCCGCCGCCG